GAAAAUCCCUAACUUUCUUCAUUCUCCUUCCUCCAAUGGCGCGUAAAUCUUCCCUCCUCAAACGAGCAGCCAUCGCCGUCGUCUCCGUCAUCGCCAUCUACGUUAUUCUCAACGCCUCCGUUAGUCGCUCCCUCCCUUCCUCAUCCGAUCUCCCCCGUCAGCUCUUCCGCGACGAAGAUGACGAGGGACGUGCUCCGAUUCAGCCUAGAGUUAGGGUUUACAUGUACGAUCUUCCCCGGAGAUUCACUUACGGUGUAAUCGAGCAGCACGCCAUCGUUCGCGGCGGGCUCAAGAAGCCCGUCGAUGACGUGGCCACGCUCAAGUAUCCGGGUCAUCAGCAUAUGCACGAGUGGUACCUUUUCUCGGAUCUGAACCGACCCGAGGUGGAUCGAUCCGGGUCUCCGAUUACCCGCGUCAUGGAUCCUGCCGACGCUGAUCUCUUCUACGUCCCGGUGUUCUCUUCCCUCAGCUUAAUCGUGAAUGCGGGUCGCCCAGUCGAACCCGGAUCCGGUUACAGCGAUGAGAAGAUGCAGGAGGGGUUGAUGGAAUGGCUUGAGCGUCAAGAGUGGUGGAGGAGGAACGAAGGGCGAGAUCACGUGAUACCCGCCGGAGACCCGAAUGCGUUGUAUCGGAUCCUGGACCGGGUUAAGAACGCGGUUCUGCUUGUGGCGGAUUUUGGGCGGCUGAGGCCUGAUCAAGGAUCGUUCGUCAAGGAUGUAGUGAUACCUUACUCUCAUAGGGUCAAUCUCUUCAAUGGGGAAAUCGGAGUUGAGUCUCGCAACACAUUACUCUUCUUCAUGGGAAAUCGAUAUCGCAAAGAUGGUGGAAAAGUUCGUGACUUGCUCUUCCAAGUUCUUGAAAAGGAAGAAGAUGUUACAAUAAAACAUGGAACUCAGUCCAGAGAGAACCGACGAGCUGCUACAAAAGGAAUGCAUACUUCAAAGUUCUGUCUUAAUCCUGCGGGUGACACUCCAUCCGCUUGCAGACUCUUCGACUCCAUAGUCAGUUUAUGUGUGCCUGUGAUUGUAAGCGAUAGCAUCGAGUUACCUUUCGAAGAUGUUAUAGAUUACAGAAAGUUCUCGAUUUUUGUUGAGGCCAACGCAGCCCUGGAGCCCGGAUUUCUGGUUCAGAUGCUAAGGAAAAUAAAAACCAAGAAGAUUCUGGAGUAUCAAAGAGAGAUGCAAUCGGUAAGACGGUAUUUUGACUAUGAGAAUCCAAAUGGAGCAGUAAAGGAAAUCUGGCGUCAAGUCUCUCAGAAGCUACCGCUCAUCAAGCUAAUGAGUAACCGCGACAAACGCCUCGUCCUAAGAAACUUAACGGAGCCAAACUGCUCAUGUCUAUGCACAAACCAAACCGGUCUCAUCACUUCCAUAUAAACAAAUAUAUAUAUUUGUCCCUUGAGGAGAGACCUAUUGGUUUGUGGAGGAGCCCGAACUCUCUCCUUCUUAACUUUUUGACCCCUGAGACUUACACAAGCGGAUGUUUAGGCUCCCUCGGCUGGACCUUUCCGGUAAGUAAACAGAGAGCACACGCAUGGCAACACAUUCAUAAGGAAGAUAUAUUUGAAAUCCUUCUUCUGUAGAUUCAAUUAGUUUUGUCGUUCUUGAUAGUGUCACACUUUAUACGGACCCAAUAGCCAUUUUUUAAUAUAUUGUUACUCUGUACAUCUCAUAAAAAUGAACACAACACAAGCUUCAAUUAGUUUCUGUUAAAGUUUCAGAGA